CCCAAAGCUCCAACUUUUGCAUUCUCUGAGGGGUACAGCCUGUGCUUGAUAGGUGGAUGAAUCCCAGAUCCAAGACAAGGGCGAUCACCUACUGCAAGAAGUAUCGUGGACCCGCAUAAUGGGGUUUUGGGGGCGGAAAAAUAGCUGUUUUGUCCCGAUUAACCGCUCCCCUUGCAAUAUCGCAGACCUCCCAGAGACCACGUUGGGAUAUUGUGCGAGGCUUCCUCGUAUCUUGUACCGCUUCGAGAAAUUGCCCGAGGUCCUCCAGCUUUCCUGGAACAGCUUGGAGUUUCCUGUGGAUACAUAAGUGACGUAAAGAAGGUCGUCGGUGGGCACCAACACACUAAUCUUACUGAUGCCGUGGCUUACAAUGCCAACAAAUGCUUCGUAAACUCGGACAAUAUCAGGUUUGAUAUGAAGGGGUUGUGGUAGAUUGGGGGGUGGGGAGAUCCGAAAAAUACGCGGGCAGACGCCUCCCGAGUCUUGACAUGCUUAGGGCACAGCUGUGCCACCUGUGGGGAUCAAGGUUAAAUAGGUUCCUCACACGCGACAGGCAUUGGCCUGUGACCGAGUCCACACCGUACUGGCUCUCCGAGAAAUUACGGCCGGCAAUCUCGCUUCCCAUCUCUGUUGGACGCGUUACGGCGUUGCGCAGCAAAGCAACAAAGUGACUGACUCGCGACCUUCCCCUUUUCAUCGCGUUGCCCAACUUAAAAUCGACGAUCACCUCUCCCCCCUCUCCCAAAUACCACGUUGCGGCCUCCGGCAUCCCUGCUCUCCUCGUGGUUCCCCAUUGUGUGUCGUCAUGGGUGUGUUAACGCCACGAACUGUGCUCCUCUUGCUCGCGACGAGCGUCGCAGCCACUGCCAGCUCUCCUGGUCGUCUGGCUAGUACAGUCCCCGACAGUGGGAAGGACUACUUUGAUUUCGAGGCUGUUCAGCUACUCCCAGCUGAUCUGAAGACGCUCAAUGAGUCCGAUGCCGCUUUGUUCGACUUUGACUCUGCCGAAAGUCAAUCGGACAAUUCUGCGCGAACGCUCCGUCGCUGCAAGGUCUUUCCAGGAGAUGCUCUCUGGCCCUCGAGAAGUAUCUGGAGCUUGUUGGACACGGUAACCGGAGGCGCUCUGGUAAAGGGUGUUCCGCGGGCCUCGACAUGCUACAGCGGGCCGGCGUAUGAUGCCGCCGACUGCGAGUACCUGACAUCGCAAUGGACCAACUCCUUGUCUGAUCCCAUUGAAAUGCUGUCGCCUGUGUAUCAGGGCCUCACCUGUCAGCCCACCACCGACCCCAGCGACAGCUGCACCAUGGGUGGUUACCCACACUAUGUCAUCAAUGCGACCGAUGUUGCGCAGAUCCAGCUGGGCAUCAACUUUGCUCGCAACACGGGGGUCCGCUUAGUCGUCAAGAACACCGGUCACGACUUUUCCGGCAAGUCUGGUGGCGCUGGCUCUCUGAGUAUCUGGACACACAACCUCAAGGGCCUCAAGUAUAUCGAGAGCUACGAUGCUCCUGGCACCGACUGGACCGGCGCUGCCUUUAAGAUGGGGGCCGGUAUUCAGGCCUACGAGAUCUACAAGGCUGCCAACGAUCAUGGUCUGAUGGUCGUUGGAGGAGAAGGGCAGACUGUUGGUGUGGCAGGCGGAUAUAUUAUCGGCGGAGGCCACUCCCCGCUCAGCUCCAUCCACGGCAUGGCCGCCGACCAGGUCCUCUCAAUGGAGGUUGUCACUCCGGAUGGAAGGUUCUUGACAGCCUCGUUUGUGGAGAACCAGGAACUCUUUUGGGCUCUACGCGGAGGAGGCGGAAGCACCUUUGGCGUCGUCACGUCUGUCACCGUCAAGGCGUACCCGACAAUCCCUGCAACAACGUCGACCUUUUCCUUCACUACCGGCGGAGAUAUUACCUACGACAACUUCUGGAAGGGAGUCAGAGCAUACCUGGAUUACUUUAUCGAGCACUCCGAUACGGGAGUGUACUCGUACUUCUUCAUCCUGCCUUCAAACGGCCAAUUUACCUUCUUAAUGCAGCCUUUCGUCGCGCCCAACAAGACUCUCGAGGAAACCAAUGCCCUUCUCUCACCCUGGUUUACUCAGCUGAAUGAGCUGGGUAUCAACUUUACGCCUAAGACCACUUACUAUGAUAAUUUCUACGAGGCAUGGCUCGGUUCAUUCCCGCUCGAGGUCGUCGAGAAAACGCACGUUGCAACCGGCUCUCGCCUCUUCCCUCGCGCAAAUUGGGAGGACGAAUUGCUUCUUAACCAGACCUUUGACGCCAUCAAGGCGUCAUCCGAUGCUGGUCUCGUCCUCAUUGCCUUCAAUAUGGCCCCAACCCUUGAGCGCGGCGGAAACCCCGACAACGCCGUCAACCCUGCGUGGAGAAAGGCCGUCAUGCACGCGCUUUCCAGCGUCAACUGGGCUGAGAACGCGACCGUGGCGGAGAUCAAGGCCGCUCGUGAAGAGUUCACCUACACGCACAUGCAGCGCUGGAGGGACGUCAGCCCUGGGGCGGGUUCUUACCUCGGGGAGUCGGAUCGCAUGGAGCCUGACUUCCAGCAAUCGUUCUAUGGAUCGGCUUAUCCCCGACUCCUGGCUUUGAAGCGGAAGCUGGAUCCCCGCAAUGUUUUCUAUGCUGCGACGGCUGUCGGCAGCGAGGACUGGGAGGUUGUGACUGAGAAUGGCCUGCCCACGGAGAAUGGGAGAUUAUGUCGCGUGUUGUAGACCAUGUGUACAUCCUUAUUGUAAUACUACGAUAGAUAAUAACAAGCCAGUCUUCAAUAUGAUAUCUAUUGAAUCACCUAAACCUGUUUUAAAUGCUUUCUUCCACCCCAACACCGUUGCGUUGCGACUAUAUAUUUCUC